UCCCUGGAACUUUUGAUUUUGAAGAAUACAUUGCUUGCAUCUUUGAAGUACUCUUCGGUGUAUUCAUCUUUGAGAGUAUACGUUGCCCAGGCACUCCAUCUGCUUCAGUCAUUCUACAGUAAUACCAACUGGGUCGAAAUGCAUGGAGACGCCAUAAGCGAAGACCUUGGCAUGGAAGACCGAGAGUUUUAUGUCGCAGACACAUUUCAAGACACAUGUAAAAACUGCUCAGUUACUGGAACAUGCCGAAAUAACAUCAUCGUAAGAAACAUCCUCACAAGUGGUUACCGAAGUGGCCAAGACACUAUGAAACCACGGUGGAACCGUCCUGUUUACUGGAAUGGCAAAAAAGUUAACGUGCAAAAAAAUCCAAAUGAAGGUAAAUGCAGUCAUGGUGGAAAAUUCGAUAACAGCCGGAAAGAAACGCCAUCUGGUGGAAUAAACAAAGAUUCCAGCAAUCCAGUAUUGUCACCACAUCACUAUCUUCACCGCACUGCAGCAUGGGCAGCAAUUAAAGCAACAGAGAAGUUUUUUACUCACGAAAAACAUGGAAUAUUUAAGAACAUGACCCACAAACAGAUCCAGGGGCUGUUUAACAUUCGACUCACCCGCAGUUCCCUAGUUUUUGUCAUCGACAGCACCGGUUCGAUGAAAGAAGAAAUUGUGGCUGUAAAAGACAAGACUGUGGAGAUUGUCGAAAAAACAAAAGGCAAGAGGAACGCACCGACGUCAUUUAUUCUGUCGACUUUCAGUGAUCCAGAACGUAUGACACAAGUCAGGCAAACGAACGACGCUGACGAGAUGAUAGACUGGCUGCGUAACAUACAGGCGGCCAACGGAGGAGACUGCGAGGAGUAUGCUCUUAGCGGAUUGGAGAAAGCAAUCGAACGGGCGACUCCGGAAUCGCAGGUGUAUCUCUUUACCGACGCUCCACCCAAGGAACCAGCCAAGUUCGAAAGUGUACUAACGAAAGCCAUAAAGAAACGCAUUAGAAUCACGCCAAUUCUUUCUCGUGGUUGUGGAAAAGACAGAAGAAGGCGAGAGGCUUCAGAUACAAUUGAUUAUGAUUUCGAUAAAAUCAACAGUUGGUAUAAAAUAUUCGACCAGCUUGCAGAUAAAACAGGAAGCCAAGUUUAUGUGACCAAUGAGAAGCAGUUGGAAAAUACCCUUACUGUACUCGAAGAAAAUUUAGUUGAAUAUCCCGUAGAAAUCAUGCGUUCCACACUCCACCCGGCGGAUCAAAGUUAUUUGGAGAUUUAUGUCGAUAAGAACCUCUGGGACCUUCGAAUCACGAUCGACACGGCUGGAGACAAAUUUUCCGUAAGCUUCUAUAGUCCCGAUGGUAAAGAUGUGCUGGAAGGAUCAAAUAACUACCAAGUCCAGUUAACGGAUACGAAGUAUCUUAUAAAAAUUGACAAACCCCAAAUCGGAAAAUGGACGUUGGAACGGACAACUAACGAGCAGAAGCCGAAACGGUGGCUUGUGAAAGUCAUUGCCCAGAGUGAAGUCGACUUCUCAGUGAACCUCUAUGACAACGAAGAUGGCGUGAAAUUUGAGAUUUCUGGUCGGCCAAUUGCAGGGACGAAGAUCACGGCACAAGUGAGAAUUCCCAAAGUUAAACUGAUCGAUAAACUGGACGAGAUAAUCUUAUUCGAUAAAUACGGUAACAUUCUUUUGAAAUCCAACCUGAAACAAGGCAAACAUCGCAGAAACCAAAGCUUCAAAGGAAAGUUCGCUAUUCCGAAAACGACUUUCUAUAUUGGAAUCAAAGGAAGAGAUAAGAAUGGAAAUACGUUUACACGUACGAAAUUCAUACCGUAUAUUCCGUCAAGCAUGAAGUUGGAAGUGACUCCAAUUCCAGUUAUUUCACAUCCAAGAAUGAACUUACAAGUGAAAUUUAUGGUUAGCAACGAGGGUAGCAGAACAGAACGAAUACUGGUGUUUAUGAGCGAGGCCCUUGAGUAUACAGUAACCAACAGUAAACAGAGGUACACUUUGGGCUCCGGACAAAAUAUUACUGGACAUUUCAAUGUGAGGAUGAGGGACGCUAUUGGAAAAAAUGUAGUUAUAACGAUCACAUCUGAAAUAGAAGGUGGCGAUACACGUACAUCUACUCAGUAUGACACGGUUGAAACCACAAUCCUUGAAAAGAGAGAAAUCAUAAAACCUCCAGUGAAACAGAAUCCUCCAAGGUGUGACUUCGAAAUCCCAGUCAGUUCAACCGAAGAGUGCAUUAAGAGUUUUGAAGACUUCAGCUGCUGCAGACAUCGGUGGUCUGCUGUAAUCAAUGCAGAAGCCAGCAGCGACUUUUCACCUAUUGUAAAUAUGGUUUCUUCCAUGUCAUCAAAUUUAUCGUCGCAUCAAAUUAUAUCCUCCGGUGUAGUAGCAUACAGAGCUAAUAUCAGCAAUGACUGCUGUACCGACAGAGAUACAGUUUACGUAAGAGACACCAAAAACCAAAUCGGAAAAUGUUUCUUGCGAGUCGUACCGCCGUUUUUGAGUUUCAACACAACCUGCAAGCAGACUGAAAUAGAAUACCAGUCACAUGACAAUCAACCAAAUCUACUACACAAUACGGUCGUCCUAACAUUUUGUCUCGUUCUGAUAUCGAUAUUUUAUGAAUUCUAGAAAAAAAAAAGCGAAUCGUCUUAGAAUUACACUGACAGGAUCGUCUGCAGAUUCCUUAUAACGUAACAUCAAGCAAAAUCAACAAAGUUUGAAGCGAAUUUCAUAUUUCUCAAAAGCCAAAUUUCAAAGUUCCACCCGUUCCCUUCCGUUAAACAGUUGCGUUUUGCUGCUUCCUUAAAGUGGGAAUCAUAGGCAUAGGAUAUAUAUAUAUAUAUAUAUAUAU